AUGGGUUUUCUUAAAAGUGCUUUCGAGAAAAACAAUGCUGUGGAACGCAGUGAGGCGUCUGAAGCGAGGAAUAUAUUUGUCCGUACGUCAUUAACAUGUACGGACAGACAAGCUAUAAACAAGACAAUGACAAAUGAGAUUAAAUGCAAAUUCCCGGAGACCGUGGGCGUGGCGCGCCUUGGACGGGCUCCGCAAAAAGAUGGAGCCUGGGAACCUUUGCUUGCAGUUGCCUUUCCCAUUGUUUUAAAAUAUUGA